AUUAUUUCAAAAUUUGUUUAAUACUAAUAUAGAUUUGAAUUAUUUAAGGAAUAGUUGUCGUUCAAUUCAAUGUCUUAUAUAAAACGAUUUCUAGGAAAGUUAUCAACAAUACCGGCGCUGCUUAUUGGGACAGCUUUUAGCUUAGAUCAGACAAUAGGAGAUAUUGAUGAUCGGCGGCACUGUAGACGACGACAGCACAGAAACGCAUGGCUUAGAAAUACAUAUAUGAUUAACACUGAUGGUAGUGGUGGUGAUGGCAACAUAGAUAUCAAUCCGGAUUGGAUCCGAUCAAAAUGUUAUGCAAAUGUCGCUCUAGUGUUCUGCUUGAAUAAGGACGAAGUGAAUUUAGGUGAGAACAGUACUGUUUACGGCACUGGUAUCUGCAUCGAUGCCGCCAACCAACUGUUUUUGACCAACGCUCAUGUAGUCGGAGGUCACGAAGUUGUGUUUAUGCGUCUAAUAACGCCCGGUACCAUACAGAUGACCUGUUAUUGGAGUGUAGAAGAAAUACUGUUACCUUACUUACCUGUCGACGUAUUAUACGUUGAAGAUCAUAACGAUUUGGCACUUAUUAAGCGCCGGGACCAUCCACCCGAAUAUGAGUUUUAUGAGGCUAUAAAACUAGUCGAUCGGGAACCGCAAUUCGGCGAACUAGUAGCCGCCUAUGGAAACGGAAAUUGUUAUUAUACAGUAUUUUCGGGUAUGAUUCGCGAAAGUGGAUCGUUUGGCAUACCUAUUAGCGAUUAUAAUGUCGACAAAUUGAGUUUUACUAUGGAUGAGCCACAUAUCAUACAUUCGGCUACUAUUGUAAAGGGAUGUUCGGGUGGACCACUGAUAGAUAGCGAAGCCAAUUGUAUUGGCAUUAACUUUGCCGGAUAUUAUAUCAAAAGCUGUGCAAAAACAUCGAAAACGAUGAUAUCAUUUUUAGAGCGAGGACUACAUUAUGUAGAAUAUGAGUUCCUAUGGAAAGUGAUUGAUCGUCGAAAUAUCUAUUCAAUGGGUACGGCUAGUGACCGGAAAUUAGGUUUACUAUUGGAGAAAACUAGUAAUGGAUUUACAGUUAGAGAUCAUAUUACUAAUGCUGAUACCAAUAUACAUGAGGGUCAAGUCAUAAGACAAGUAAAAGGACAACCGUUUUUGAAUAUCCGUCAGAUGAGAACAGCACUGGCAGAGCUCAGCACUGAUAGUCCAAAGGUUAAACUGAUUGUAAGCACCGAUACUGAAGAUAUAGGUCUGACAUUGAAUGCUAACCUUACGGGCGAUGAAUUUCCAUUGGUUUUCUGA